ACGGCAAUGUUGUGAAUUUUACGAGGACUUCUAGAACAGAGAAGACUGUCGCGUCUUCUGUGCUGACAAAGCGAGUGAAACCGACUUUGCGUAGCUCGAAUCGUCUGCGUUCGUGUACGUACGUAGGGUUUACGUGGUUCCAGUGGACGUUACUGUUUGUUCUGUUGUUCUUUUUAGUCUAAAUUAGUCGGAAAUUCUGUAAGCGAAAAAGAAGUUGACGUUCAGCUCGAGGAUCUUGAAAGAUGUCGAAGCACGAGUUUUUCGUUGACAUGACUUGUGAAGGGUGUUCUGGUGCAGUCACACGAGUUCUAACGAAACUAGAUGUCAAAUUUGAUAUUGACCUUCCAAACAAAAAAGUAGUUAUUGAGUCUGACAAGAGUGCAGAUGAUCUCCUGGCUACGCUGAAAAAGACGGGAAAGGCUGUCAAUUACAUCGGACCAAAAUAAAUACCCCAGUUCUCAGAUGAAAACAGAAGGAAGAAUGAAUGAAGGAGUGCUGGACAGAACUAUCGGCUGACAGCCCACAUAGGCAAAGCAUCUGCCACCAUGCUGAAUGCAGGCAAAUCCUUGGAACUCCCACCUGCCAAUCGGUGAACACCUGGGGACCAUUGGCAUGCUAUCUUUAAAACCAUAUACCUCCUUAAUUCUAAGUGGUUUUUUUUUGUGAUGUAUUAACUGACAAUCAGAAGAGACAUUUGUUUUUGUGUCUGCUUUUUAAAAAGCCUUGGUAUUAUUAACAAGGAGUUGUGUAAUUAGGAAAAGCUUCUAUUUGAAUGUCCAUGCUCAGAUUGAGCUUUUUCCUGUAUGUUUUUGUGUUUCCAAUUGUCUGUUGAUCUAAGUGGAUAAUAAAACCUACACUAUCACGUGAUGUGUGUUUAACAGUGUCAAAAGCUGCAAUACAAUUUUGUUCUUUUAUUGACGUGCAAGCUACAAAUUACAUGCAUUUUUUGAAGUAUUAUGAAACAACUUGCCAGUAGAUGGCAGUAUUUAUACAACUAUGAGAUUGAUAUUUUAUUAUUUUUUUGGAGAACAAAAUGGUGUGCAUCACUUUUUUGUUGAAAUGAUUAGAAUGAAGCAAUUUUUUUUGGAUCAUCUGUAUUAUGCAAUUGUAUUCUUAAGAUAAAACUAACUAGCAAAUUCCAUUUGUUUGCAUUAUUAGCUUUUACACAGUAAAAUGUCUACUGUUAACUCUUAACAGAGUACAUAUGAAACAAUUGGGACCAUAUGUACCUGGUGAGAGUUAAUUUAACACUGAUAAUUUUAGUGUAUAGUCCAGUCAUCUGGCAGUAUAAAUUUGAAUUUUGGAUUAAUGUCUCAAAUUAUUGAACAAUGCGUGCACAAUUUGUUCAGUUUUGUGUAGUCUUGUAUGUUUCUAUUUUUAAUUGGUUCAAUGUCAGUCUUGAGUCUUGCAAAGUCUAGCUCUUAACACACGAGGGGUCUUAUUUUAAUGGUCAAGGUGCAAUUGACAAACACUAGCCCUAGGCCCUGAAGGAUCGGGGAAUUUUGAACUGAAUUUUAGUAAUUUCGUGACAUCUGGCUUUAGCACAACUGCAGCACAACUGUAAAAGAGGAUGGUUCAAUAGGAAUAAAUUAACUGUGGGUGUGUAAGGGGUUUGGUUUCAUUAUUGCCAAUCAGAUCGCCCCAUUUAUUUCUCUUUAAAAACAGUGCCGUAGCACCAUAGCCAACAGAUAAUUUGUCAUGGCCGUAGAACGAGUGCAUUAUGAAAUUCUCUGUUAUGAGCCUUUCUACGAACCAUUAGGCCUACUUGUGUUUUGGAAACCUAAGUAAAAUGUUAUAAGUUUUAAUUUUUAUAUUUUCCCCUUCAUAACAUAUAUUUUUCAUUUACAUACAAGUGCUUGUUUCUUUGCUGUCAAUGUUUAAUACAAAAAAUUAAAAAACCCACUUGAAAUAA